AUGAUCAACCAGAGCUGCCAGGAUCAGUUCAUCUUAUUGGGUUUUUCAGAUAGACCCAGGCUGGAACAGAUCCUCUUCAUAUUUGUCCUCAUCUUCUACCUAGUGACCUUAGUUGGCAACAUCAUCAUUAUUCUGGUCUCCCUCCUGGAUCCUUGUCUCCGCACACCCAUGUACUUCUUCCUCACUAAUUUGUCCUUCCUUGAUCUCUGCUUUACCACCAGUUCCAUCCCACAGCUGCUUUUCAACUUAGGCAGUCAGAACAAAACCAUCAGUUACAUAGGCUGUGCGAUCCAACUCUUCAUGUUCCUGGGGCUGGGUGGCACAGAAUGUGUUCUCUUGGCAGUCAUGGCUUAUGACCGUUUCACUGCGAUCUGCAAGCCCCUUCACUAUUCAGUCAUUAUGCACUCUCAGCUCUGCUGGAAAUUGGUGUCUGUGGCUUGGGGGGUCGGACUUCUCAACUCCCUGGUUAUGUCUCCUGUGACUAUGAAGCUGCCGCGAUGUGGGAGAUGCCGGGUGAAGCAUUUCCUGUGUGAGAUGCCAGUUCUGAUCAAAAUUGCUUGUGUGGACACAGUCGCCGUGGAGAGCACUGUUUUCAUCUUGUCAGUGAUAAUUGUGCUGGUGCCACUGUCUCUCAUUCUCAUCUCUUACAGCUACAUUGCCCUAGCAGUAUUGAGAAUCAAGUCAGCCUCAGGAAGAAGGAAGGCUUUUAACACCUGUGGGUCCCACCUCACUGUAGUCUCCUUGUUUUAUGGGAAUAUUAUCUACAUGUAUAUGCAACCAGGAAAUACUUCUUCUCAGGACCAAGGGAAAUUCCUUACCCUCUUCUACAACUUGGUGACCCCCAUGUUAAACCCUGUCAUCUACACACUGAGAAACAAGGAUGUAAAGGGUGCAUUGAAGAGGCUUAUGUCUAAAAAAUAA